AAAAUAGCUGGGAUGCCUUUGCCAAUCUCGUCUUAAAACUUCAAAAACUGCUCUGAGCAAGUAACCUGAAACCAGCGCCUCCAUGUAUGCUUCAACUGCUGCUGCUGCUGCCCCAAUCAGUUUCCCUUAUUCUAAGAAAAUAUCAAAUCGUGUCCAGAAAAAUAACAACUGAAGAUGGCUGCUGCUUCGAAUUCAAGGGCAAGUUGAAAACAUACUGUCCAACCCAUAAAGAAAUCUGCAUUGGUAGCAGCAGAGGAAGACUUGCAUUGUUUCUUGGAAAUACAGAAAUACAUAAACCAACAGGAUGGAGUUAAUAUCCUGGCAGUUAGUUAUGGUUCCCCUAGAGCACGUCCAUGUCCUUGGCAACCGACUCUUGAAUGGAUGCUCAGAUAUCAUAUGAUUUUCACGCACAGAGAAAGCUGCAUGCUGAAAAUUUAAAUAUCAUUCAUUUAAUCAAGUACUAGACUAUACAGUUUUUUUUACAUCCAACGGUCAAGACUACUGCCGACGUGCCCUUACAUUUGUGUCACUAUGCUAGCUUUCACCAUUGUUGCGCUCUUUCUGAGUCGUUUUUGGAACCUCUCAAGGAGUGAAUAAGCUUAAUAUCUCAAAUGAUGUCAAUUCAUCAUCCAUUGAAGCAUCUCCGGAUUUUUUCAGGCCUAAUGGUUCGCUGUAUCUCAACCCAAGAAAAUAUUUUGUCAAACCUUAUUCUCUGCCACGACCCCUCCAUGGAACAAUCUUACAUGCAAUUGUCACAAAAAUUCUAUGAAUCCAUGAAAGCUUGUGCAUCUCUAAGGUCGAUCCCCAUUGCCCGAAAACUCCAUGGCCAACUCAUUUCUGUAGGAUUGGACUCUGCCAUUUUCCUUCAGAACCAUCUCUUGCAUAUGUAUUCCCGUUGCAGCUUGAUUGAUGAUGCUCGCCAGAUUUUCUUCAGUAUUCAACAUCCUAAUGUGUUUAGUUGGAAUACAAUGAUUAGCGCGUUGGUAGACUUGGGUCACAUGGGGGAGGCAGAGAAGUUGUUCAAUGAAAUGCCUGAGAGAGACUCCGUCUCUUGGACUACAAUGAUGUCUGGCCAUUUUCAUAAUGGGCAACCUAAGGAUGCAGUUAAAGUGUUUGCUUCAAUGGUAUGGAAUUGUGAUAGUUUCUAUGACCCAUUUUCCUUCUCUUGCGUAAUGAAGGCUUGUGGUAGUCUUGGUCACAUUAAGUUGGCUCUUCAGUUGCAUACUCUAGUGGAGAAAUUAAAUUUUGGAGGCAACAUGGUUAUUCAAAAUUCUAUAAUUGACAUGUACAUCAAGUGUGGUGCACUGCGUUUGGCUGAGAGAAUGUUUAUGAGGAUCCCUAAUCCUAGUUUGUUUUAUUGGAACAGUAUGAUCUAUGGCUGCUCUAAACUUUAUGGGGUCAGAAGGGCUCUCCAUAUGUUCAUUGAAAUGCCUGAACGUGAUUGCGUGUCUUGGAAUACCAUAAUAUCAAUCUUUUCUCAACAUGGUUUUGGGGUUGAGAGUCUUAGUAUGUUUGUUGAGAUGUGGAACCAUGGUUUUAGACCAAAUGCUAUGAUAUAUGCUACUAUACUUAGUGCAUGUGCAAGUAUACAUGAUCUUGAAUGGGGUAGCCAUUUGCAUGCUCGGAUACUCCGUAUGGAACCAAGUAUGGAUGUUUUUGCAGGUAGUGGGCUGAUUGAUAUGUAUGUGAAAUGUGGACAGUUGCAUCUUGCUAGGCAGGUGUUUGACAACAUGACAGAACACAAUGCAGUUUCUUGGACUUCUAUGAUCAGUGGAGCCAUGCAGUUUGGGCUUGAAGAUGAAGCUUUAGUACUGUUUAACCGAAUGAGAAAAUCUCCUAUUGCCUUGGAUGAGUUUACUCUUGCAACAGUUCUUGGGAUUUGUUCAGGCCAUGAGCAUGCUUGGGUUGGGGAGCAGCUCCAUGGAUGUACAAUCAAAGGUGGAAUGAUCUCCUCUAUUCCUGUAGGGAAUGCUCUUGUUACGAUGUAUGCAAAAUGUGGAAACACUGAUAAAGCCAGCCAAGCAUUUGAGUUGAUGCCUGCUAAAGAUAUAAUAUCAUGGACAGCCAUGAUCACAGCAUUCUCUCAAACUGGUAAUGUUGAAAAAUCCCGAGAGUAUUUUGAUAAAAUGCCAGAGCGAAAUGUCAUAAGUUGGAACUCAAUGUUAGGAACAUAUUUCCAAACUGGUUUAUGGGAAGAAGGCCUUAAAUUGUAUACUCUUAUGCGAAGGGUAGGGGUUAACCUGGAUUGGAUCACACUAGUAACUUCAAUCAGUGCCUGUGCUGAUUUGGCAAUAUUGAAACUUGGGCUGCAGAUUAUAGCUCAAGCUGAAAAAUUAGGAUUUGGUUCUAAUGUUUCAGUCAUGAAUAGCAUUAUUACUAUGUAUUCAAGAUGUGGACGAAUUAUAGAAGCGAAAAGAGUGUUUGAUUCAAUAUGUGAUAAAAAUUUGAUUUCUUGGAAUGCAGUUAUGGCUGGAUAUGCUCAAAAUGGACAAGGUAGGAAGGUGAUCGAGGUUUUUGAGAAUAUGUUGAAAAUGGACUGCACACCUGAUCAUAUAAGCUAUGUAUCUGUUCUAUCAGGUUGUGGCCAUUCAGGGCUAGUAACAGAGGGGAAACACUACUUCAGUUCUAUGACUGAAGAUUUUGGCAUCAAUCCUACAUGUGAACAUUUUACUUGUAUGGUAGAUCUACUUGGUCGGGCUGGGUUACUGAAGGAGGCCAGGAAUUUGAUUGAUGCAAUGCCCUUUAAGCCAAAUGCUGCUAUCUGGGGAGCUCUUCUUGGUGCUUGCCGGCUUCAUCGCGAUUAUAAUUUAGCAGAAUUUGCAGCAAGAAAUUUGCUUGAAUUAGAUUUAGAUGAUUCUGGCAGUUAUGUCCUUCUAGCUAAUACAUAUUCAGAUUGUGGACAACUAGAAGCUUUUGCAGAUGUAAGAAAACAGAUGAGAAAGAAAGGAAUAGAGAAAAAUCCUGGAUGUAGCUGGAUAGAGGUUAAUAAUAGGGUACACGUGUUCACUGUAGAUGACACUAAUCAUCCACAAAUCAAGGACGUUUAUAGAAUACUAGAGGAGAUAGUCAAGAAGAUAGAAGAUACAGGAUGCUAUGUCAAUCCAACUAAUGCAGUUCGUUCUCAGUGCCAUCACAGUGAGAAGCUUGCUGUUGCUUUUGGGUUGCUUAGCUUGCCUGCUUGGAUGCCUAUCUAUGUAAUGAAAAAUCUUCGAGUUUGCCAUGAUUGUCACUUGGUAAUCAAGCUGAUCUCCCUUGUUACCUCAAGGGAACUUAUUGUGCGGGAUGGACACCGGUUUCAUCAUUUCAAGGAUGGAUGUUGCUCCUGUGGAGACUACUGGUGAUAUGGGGAUCUACAACCGGAGAACUCUGAUAGAGUCAAGAACAUGGUAUCUAUUUUAAUGAGAGGUCCUAUCUCUUCCUACGUUUCUUGGCUUCCUGGAAGGCAUGCCCUGCUCCCUGAAUUGCUUCUUUCCACUCUUCAGAAUACAUAAAUGGACUAGUUGAAGCAGGUAAAGAGGGAGGUAAGAUGCUACGUGCAGGCCUUUAUUGACCGCUGGCUCAUGGGAUGACUCCCUUCUUGCUGCUCUUACUACACUAUCCGCAAUGCAGCAUGUGCUUGAUGGACAUGACAAAAUUAUUUAUGCAUUGUUCAGGCCUCCGGGUCACCAUGCCUACUCAAGCUAAUGGCUACUACUUCCUUAACAAUGCUGGUCUUUCUGUUCAAUUGGCUUUACAUUCUGGCUGUGCAAAAGUUGCAGUGAUAGACAUUGAUUUCCAUUAUGGCAAUGGGACUGCUGAGGUUCUAUCGGUUUGAUAAGGUUCUUACAACCUCCCUUCAUAUGAAUCAUGGUUCUUGGGGUCCAUCUCACCCACAGAAUGGCUCUAUUAGUGAGCUUGUUGGAGGGGACGGAUUUGGAUAUUAUAUGAAUCUACCUUUGCCCAAUGGGACAGGGAACUAAGGAUAUGUGUAUGCUAUGACCAAUGUGGUUGUCCCGGCAAUCAGAAAGCUUUUAGCCUGAAAUGAUAGUUCUGGUCUGUAUCCAAGAUUCAAGUGCUGUAGAGGCUUUUCAUCAUAUUCGGAAGAGUCAUUUGCCUGUGGUGUCCAAUAUUCUAUAUAUGUAUCAUUAAUCCUGCAAACAGUAUGGAGUUCCAGUUUUUGUCUUGCUACCUCUUGAGAAAUUUACUAUAAGUGUACAAUAAAUUUGGAGUAGCUCAUAUCACUGCUUGUGCACAGUUGGAUCCAAAUGGAAGACAAUGGAGGGUUAUCGAGAGAUUGCCUGAAUAGUUUGUGGCCUGGUGGGUAGGCACUCUACUGGACAUUUUCUGAUUGUCCAAGAAGAUGGAUAUCACAUUACUCAGCCGAUUGUCUUCAUGCAACACUUGAAGGUGUGCUCAACCUACCGAUUCCUUUCUCGUCCAAUCCCAUUGCUUAUCACCCUGAGGACUAGCGAUUGUCUGUAGAAGGUAUUGAAUCCAUUAAAAGGUUUCAGAAAGAUACUGCAUCGUUUUUGAAAGGUGAUUAAUUUGAACCGUAUGAUAGUAACUUGUAAAAUUCUGUCUGAUAUAGUAAUGUUAUUGCAAAGAAAAAUAAAAGGCUUGGUUUACUUGGUUAAAAUUGUUUUAAAGCAAACUUGCUAUUGUCAAGGAUCCUUGACAAAGAUGAAA